AUGCAACAUCACGGCCACUCCGACUCUGCCAUCACGCUGGAUGCCAAAAGGGGGGACGUACGGGAGGGCAAAUCCUUUUAUGACCUUGAGGUAGCGCUCAACUAUGGUCAAGCUGUAGGAUCCGCCCAACUCCUCAGAUUUGUGACUGAACAUACCGAAAUUGUUCACAACCCUCCUUACUCAGAUUGGCAAUGCUGCUUGACCUCUGGAACAACAUAUUCAUGGGACUCAACCUUGCGUAUGUUAGCUCAGCGGGGCGACUAUAUUCUCAUGGAGGAAUACACUUUUUCUAGCGCACAGGAAACAGCCCUUCCACUGGGGUUGAACAUCGUCCCUGUUCCAAUGGACAAUCAAGGAUUGAUACCAGACAGUCUGGAUGAGAUCUUGAGCUGCUGGGACCUGCAAGCUCGAGGGGCAGCUAAGCCACACGUUUUGUACAUGAUUCCAACAGGCCACAAUCCCACCGGAUAUACACAACCCGCUUCCCGAAGACAGGCUAUAUACAAGGUGGCCCAAAGGCAUGAUCUUUGCGUUGUGGAAGAUGAACCUUACUUUUUUCUUCAAUCGCCCACGAUGACCAGCGAAGGCCAAGCUGAAGCCAUCGAUGACCAAAGGGUCAGUCACGAACAGUUCAUUCGAAACCUGAUUCCAUCUUACUUGAGCAUGGACGUGGAUGGAAGGGUUUUGCGUCUUGAUUCAUUUUCUAAAGUCCUUGCCCCUGGGCUGCGGGUUGGUUGGAUUGUGGGCCCGGAGCAGCUUGUUGAGAGAUUCACACGCGGAUGCGAAACUUCCAAUCAAAACCCCUCUGGCGUUUCUCAGCUCAUGAUAUACAAGCUGUUGGACGAGCACUGGGGUCACUCUGGAUAUCUGCGCAGGCUGAUGGAGUUGCAGAAGUCUUACGCAGUACGCCGAAGAGACAUGAUCCGCGCUUGCGAGAUAUACCUACCUCGCGAGGCUGUGAGCUGGGAAGUGCCCAUCGCUGGGAUGUUUGUGAGUGUGGUAUCAGCUGUUUGGCGUCAGUCAUUGACUAACAGAAUGCAGCACUGGAUUGGCGUUGACUGGAGAAAGCACCCUCGCGCUCGAAGCGGGCUUUCUCCCGAAGAUAUAGAAGAAAGUGUGUUCCAAGCUGCGGUCCAGGCAGGGGUUCUACUCUGUCGCGGGAGUUGGUUUAGAGCUGGCGGGAAGGCCAUUGAGGGAUCUCUUUACUUUCGCACCACUUAUGCUGCUGCUGAGUCCCAUGAGAUUUUUGAAGCAGUCAACAGACUUGGAAAGGCAUUGAAACUGGAGUUUAAGAUUACAGAAUGA